AUGGAAGCUGAACUUCGAGACAUAAAAGAAACAAAUUUGAUCAUGCGAAGCACUUUGGCGAAGAUCAGAACAGAGUGCAAUAUUCUUGAGAGCGAAAUUCACACGCUGAAGAAUCAACUCUCCGAUCUGUCGACGGAGCGAUAUCGAGUUCCACAGAUGCAGGCGGAUGAUCCGAGCAACGAGGAUCAAGGAAGAAGCGUACAACUUUUAAAGACUACUUUUGAUUUUUUACAAAACAACAUAAAGAGAUUGGACGAAGAAGUUCAGAGUAUGAAAGACCAGCAAGCGAAUAUAGACUUUUCAAAGGAUCGAGAUGCGCAGCGACUGACAGAAGCAUUGGACAUAAUUAUAGACGGGAUGCAGAUUGACGAUGCGGAUAGCGAGCUUGAGAGCCUUAUAUUUUCGUAA